ACAUCAUACACUUAUACCCUUCCACGCUUGCUUUCGGGAGCACCGGACCGCGCCGCUCGCAGAACAGGCUAAUCUGCAAUAUAAGAGAUGUGGGGAAUCUUGAAUACCGGGAUCCUUCUCGCUGGUAUCGCAGGCGCUACUUCCAAUAGCAACAACACCGUCAACAAUUCUAAGCUUCAGACUUGGUGGCACGACUCCGGCGAAAUCACCAGAUCACCUGUGCAGCCAAGUUCCGUUCGCCAGAGCCAUCUCUACUCUAUUCAAGUUAGCAACUCUGUCGAUCAGACCUAUUACGACUCUUUCGCUUAUCAGACUAUACCACGCAACGGUCAGGGCAACAUUCUGAUACCGAAUGACCUGACCUCAACAACGACCGCGAGCGAUGGUAUCACUAUAGAAGCUGCCAUUGGCAUGACAAUGUCUUGGACCUCGUUCCUGUACUCAGCAGACGUUUGGGUGAAGGUGCAUCGUCUCGAUGGCUUUGGCAUUGAGUCUGACACUUUUGUUAUCAGACCCACCACUCUCAACCUCACCACUUCAGUCGCAGGCGGUGAUUUGUUCAUCCAAGUGCCCUACAGCGAACGUGGCAGCAAGUUUUCGGUUGAGUUCAACGAUAAUCUCUUUGAUUUUCGCGAUGGAUGUAGCAACCCUACAUGCUCCUAUGUCCAGGACACUUCGGCAAGUGGGCCGUACUACGUUGACGAGUACGAUGACUCUAUGCCUUUGAUGGGGGUAGAGCCUCUCGACUCCCUGCUUAUCUUUGCGAGCCCCUUUGAGGAUGAGUCCUUGAUACCGAACGAAACGUCUGAUGAUGUUUUGGUCGUCCCUGAAGGUCGCAUAUCCGGACUGAACACCACAGAGGCGAGAAUCGUCAUUUUUAAGCCCGGUGUGUAUUACGCUACUGCCACAGACUAUUUGAACCUCAGUUCAACAGUAGACUGGCUCUACUUUGCGCCUGGCUCCUACGUAAAAGGCGCUGUGGAGUUUCACACAAACUCCGCACUCAUCCAAGCUACGGGACAUGGUGUAUUGUCCGGUGAGCAGUAUGUCUAUCAAGCAGACCCUACCUACGGAUUCCAAAAUCACAAUGUAGAUGCCUCACCUUUGCGCAUGUGGAAGGGCACGGUCCCCAAUGGACAGAAAACUACCUGGGUUGUGAACGGUCCGACGGUGAACAGUCCUCCCUUCAACAGUAUGGACUUUUAUGGUGAUACCUCAGCAUUCUCUGUCGCAUGUACCGACUACAAGCAAGUCGGUGGUUACUUUGGACAAACAGAUGGCAUGCAAGCGUAUCCUGGUAGUGUGUUCCAAGACAUCUUUUACCAUACCAACGAUGACACCAUAAAGCUUUACCAUUCAGACGUCACUGUAUCGAAUGUUGUCGUACAGAAGGGUUCAACAGCACCCAUCAUCCAAUUCGGCUGGGCAGCUAGAAACAUAAGCGACAUCAGAGUCAGCGACAUCAAUAUCAUCCACAGUCGCUGGAAUAGUAAUGGCUCAAAUCCAGGUAUCAUCGGGAGUAACAACUUGUACGACCCUUCCACUGCAUCGACAUCUGCGACAAACACAAGCACAGCCGAUACCUAUUCCUCGGCUAGUAAUAUCGUGUUCUCCAACAUCCGUAGUGAGGGUAUCUCUGGACCUUUGAUGCGUAUCUAUGCUCUGGAGAACUUGCAUAACAUCACUGUAUCAAACGUCUGGGUCGAGGAGUUUGGAAGUUGCGAUGGAUAUGAGAACAUAGGCAUCUCUGAGAGCUUUAUGCCUGCUAUGACCGAUGGCAACGGCAACAACAUCACUGUGGAAGGUUUCAUCAUCGAGGACUUUAUGGUCGGUGAUAAGAAAGUCACUCUCGACACGGCAAGCACAGUGGGCAACUUGUACUGGAAUCCUGACUUUGAUGUCACUAUCCAGUGAAAGGGCAAGGCUUCUGCAUGCUUCAGUUUCACAUGUAUCAGUUGGAUGCAAACAACGAAUCGAUUCGUUGGCGUCUGAUGAUUCGACCAAAAAUUCAAGCAGCACGAAGAUUGAAUUGUCAGCACGGGAAAUUUGUUUUUGCAAGAGUUUCCC